AUGAAUAACAACGAAUUUUGGAAAACCUGGAAAGAGAUGUCCUCAGACGGGGAAUGGAAGAGACCGGCAAGGGCAGGCGGCUGUGGGAACCAUCAGACCUUCCUGAAGAAUCCACAGUUUCUGCUGGAGGUGUACGAGGACGAAGAAGAGCUCCUUGUUUCCCUGGAGCAAGAGGACAGACGAUCUUCCAAUUUCCGGACAAGGGGAGAGAAUUAUACUAUUGGAUUCUCAAUCAUUAAAUUAAUUACAAUCAAGCGUAACAUCAUUAACAUCAUUGUUUUUAGUGUGUUUAAUUAUUUUGUGGUAUUUUUCAUCCGAACCGUACACAAUUUCUCAGGUAUAGAAGCGUACUGCAUUCUAAAGUGUGAAGAUCAGGAGAUUCGACUGAGUACUACGGAAAAGUCGAACAAGCCAGAAUGGAAGGACCGAGUGACCUUCUACAGAAAGAAGCCGACAGAAGAUGUUGUCAUUGAGGUGUGGGACUCGAACCUCCUAAAAGACGAGCUGGUCGGCACGUUGACCCUGCCCAUGUCCAAGGCUCAUGAGUACACAGGAGGAAAUGUAAUACGCCG